AGCUCUGCUUUCAGUCUGGGGGGCCUGGAGGGCUGGCACUGGGGAGCGGUGGAGCUCAUCUCCUACCCGGGUGCAGCAGGAAGCAACGCCCUGAUAGGCAAAGACAGCUCUCCUUUCCCAGCACAGUCUCAGCCAGUGUCGGGGACCCUUUGGGGAUGAUGUCUGGCCUGCUUCUGCCCUCCACCCUUCUCUUCAUCUCUGUCCUGAGCUCUGGCUCCCAGACCUGGGGCCUGCAUGUGACCUCUGGCCCGCCCUCUGUGACCGCGCCCGUGGGGGGCACGGCCCACCUGCCCUGCGAACACGACGGGGGCACCAAGGCCAACGUGACUUGGUGGCGUGUCAUCAUGGGCAACUUCACGUGGCCCAAGGUCCAGGUGCAGAAGCCCACUCAGCCCAAUGGGACGCUGGUCUUCUGGGAAGUGAACAAGAAUGAUGCAGGCAUGUACCUAUGUCGGGUCUCUGUCCUGGGAGAGCCGGUCUUGGAGUCCUGCGGCACCUACCUCAGGGUCCGAGAGCCAGUACCCAGACCCUUCCUGGACAUGGGAGAAGGCACAAAGAACAGAAUCAUCACCGCAGAGGGAAUCAUCCUGCUUUUCUGUGCUGUCGUCCCUGGCACACUUCUGCUCUUCAGGAAGCGUUGGCAGAAUGAGAGGUAUGCUGUCGAUCACCUGGAUUAUUAUGAUGACGAGAACUUGUAUGAGGGCCUUAACCUUGACGACUGUGCCAUGUAUGAGGACAUCUCCAGGGGCCUGCAGGGGACCUACCAAGAUGCCACCACCCUCAGGGUGGGAGACGUCCAGCUGGAGAAGCCAUGAGGGCCCUGCCUGGUCCUGCCCAAAGCCCCCACCCCCCCCCCCCCCCACCACCCCCCUCAGGUCUUUCUGACUUUGUCCCACUCUCAGUUUCCUCAGGAGUGGGUUUGACCAGAUGGCACAUAAGGUCCCUCUCAGCCCUGACAUUCCUUAUUCUAAGGUGUCCCCUAGCUGCUCUGACAUUCCCUGUUCUAAUGGCCCUCCCAGCUCUGACAUUCCCUGUUCUGUUUCCUAAGUCUUUGACACCCGUUCCCCUCUCCCAUGAUAUGCCCCUUCCUCUAUCCCACUCAUGCUUUAACUCCUGACCCCCUGUAACUUACUCCCAGUAAUUCAGGAGAUGCCUGAAGCAGGAUCCCUGGAAGUCCCUCUCCCCCCAAGCUUUGUCAUAGCUACUAAGAUAAUAAAUCUGUGGCCCACUGGGAAGGAAGGCUCCAUUCCCAGCAAGAGA